AUACUGCGUUAAGGUGUCAAACAAAUUUGGUGUCAAAUAGAAGUUUCGAAUUUGGCAUGUUUGGCAUGAAGCAAAGAAUCGCAAAGAAUGUUUCGCCCUCUUUGUACUAUGCCGUUGCCAGGAUUGCUUUCUUCAAAGCUUAGAGAAUUGGGAUUUAUGUAUUGCGACGAUGUUUGUAUUGAUAGAAACGGCAAACCAAUUUUGGAUCCCGUUGCAGAAAAAGUGUUGCGGCAAUGGAGUGACGAGCCGUGUACAUAUUGGAAAGAAUUACUUGCCACUCCAGCAACAAAGAAUGCCUUCUCUCAUUUGCAGGAUGAAUGUGAUCUUGGGAGAAUAGAAACUUUUUGUCGGUCAUUGGAUGAAUAUAUGGAUGGUGGAGUUCCUUUACAAAGAAUUACUGAAUUUAGUGGUGCUCCAGGAUCAGGAAAAACUCAGAUCCUUCAGCUGUGCGUUGAUGUCCAAAUCCCUCGAGCAUUUUGUGGUUUGGAGGGACAAGCAGUUUUUGUUGAUACGUGCAGUGGAUUUACAGUAUCUAGGUUGUUAGAAAUAGCAGAAGCCUGUGUGAAUCAUUGUUCUACGCUUGCCAGAGAUGGACUUAAUCAAAAUAUGCUGCAAGCUAUGAAACAUUUUUCCAAAAUUUCCAUCUUGGAAAACGUUUUCCAUGUGAGGCUCAUUGUAAUAGAUAGCAUCACAUUCCCUCUCCAAACAAUUGAUAAUGCUCUGCAACGUGUGAGUUUAUUGUACGACUUGAUGGAAAAUCUUCGAACAAUUGCUUCUGAAUUUGAUGUUGCAGUUGUUGUUACCAAUAAUCUUACUACCAAAGUGGAGACUGAAAAAGAAAGCAGUCUAAUACCUGCAUUAGGAGAAAGUUUUGGCCACAGUGUUAAUUACCGUUUUUUGCUUGGACGAAUGUCAGAUAGUAAUUUUGUGUGCGUGAGCGGAAAGAAUUUAAACAAGUCUUCUCUGACAGUUCCAUUUCAGAUAACGAGAUCUGGAAUUCGUGAAGUUCAGAACAAUUGAUCGAUGAUCACCUUGUUAAGAGAAGCCUUGGAAACAUCUUAUGUUUUGUUAGAGAAAGUUAAGAUAUAUGGAAAUUUUCUUCUGUAUUCAAUAUUUUACCUGUUUAGAAAUGUUUAAAUUAUUUAAUGCUAAUUUUUAUUCAUUAAGAAUUUAGCACAUCAUUGCUUUGUUGAAUUUUCUCAAUUAAAAUUAUUGUUUAAAAAACUAAUGUCUUGUAUAUAUUUCAUAAAAUGUAUUCAGUGUAAAUAUUCUAGCCAGAACUAUGAAUUAAAAAAUGCUGUAAUAGAUUCAAAGCUUUGUUGUAAAUGUGAUUAAUUUUAUCUACGUUUCUGUUUCCAAAAUAGUUUAUUCAUUUGAACUGAAACACCAUUGUGUUGACUAUUAAUUUUUUCAACAUGGAAGCUUGCAAUUCAGCAACUAUCUUGUUUCCAAAUCCAUUGUAAUUGUAUUGAACUGAAAAUGUAAAUAUAUUUUUUCAUGUAGUGCAAGUAAGGAAAGAUUUUAGAUUUGUAGAUACCGCCCUGUUUUUUAUAGUAAAAAUGUUUAUUCAACAGUUUUUUUUUGUGUA